AUGGAGUCCACGAUCAACUGGACAGCCCAGGCCGAGGCGCACCUUUUACUCGAUCAGAAUGUGUCUCAAGCGAAGGUGCUGAACACACCGAAGUCUGGUGAUCAGGAGGAGGAAGCGCCCUGGGCUAUCGUCAUUUCUCGAUCCGAUGGCGACAAUGAAGGUCGUGAGCCAGACUCCGUGCUUGUUCGGCGACUCCGCAAGUCUCUCGUUCAAUAUACGAAGAAGUUGUACAACAGCGAUACCAGAAUGGGGCAAAAGUUUACCACUCCGAAGAAAUGGAUCGUCCUAGACAGACUACCGACGUUGAAAGAUACGGGUGCCGUGGAUACGGUAAAGCUGCAGCGAAUGGUGCUUCAUGGCGAGGAGGAAAGCAGCAGCGGUUCCGAGUCAGACCGCGGCAAAACGACGAUGCCACGGACUCAGCUGGAUCUGAUCGUUGCAGCCGCCGCCGAGGUACUGGGUCAUAAUUCUGCCGACAUUGAUACCAGCAAAUCAUUUGUUCGACAAGGCGGCGAUUCCAUUAGCGCCAUCGAGCUCAUGGCACGAUGCGCCGAGUUGGACGAGACGUUGCGACUACGAGUUCCCGACAUUCUUCUCGCGGAGAGCCUUGAGCAGCUUGCGCGACUUCAGUCACCCGAAACAAACGGUGCCGCAAAGAAGACUCCGAGCCCAGCCCCAACGAUUGCAACGACACAUGAAAAUCCAUUCCCACUUCUUCAACUUUCAGAGUCCGAGCUGGUCAGGUUUAAAGAGACGACGGCGACUCGCAUCGUUGCGAGCAGCAACGGCAAUGGUGAAAUUGGCCUGGAGACCGCGUAUCCGUGCACUACGGUCCAGGAAGGCAUUUUGCUAGCGGCGAUUCGUUUUCCAGAGAGCUAUCGAAUCGAGCGAAUCUUCGAGGUGGCCAAGGGCACAACGAACGACCCAAUUGAUCUUGAACUACUUGAACAGGCGUGGCGCGAUGUUGUCGCGCAUCAUGGAGCCUUGCGCACUGUGUUUGCCCCAAGCGUACGCAAUGGUGCCGGCUUCGACCAAAUCGUCCUCACGGGCGUCGAGUGUGACAUCCGGCGCUUGAAGGAGUCGGCAAGAGACGGUAAGCAGGCUGUUCAACUGCUCGAGCAACAACAGUCGGCUACAUUCUCGGAACUGCGACCGGCGCACCGAUUAACAACAUGCUCGACAAUCGAUGGAAGCGUCUUUUGUAAGAUUGAGAUCCACCACUCUAUCGUGGAUGGCCUGUCUGCCGGGCUGCUGUUGAAGGAACUGAGGAAGGCGUACUCGAGGCGACGCAUCGGCGGCUCGGCAACCCAAACCGAGUCUUACCACCUCGGCCGCUACAUCGCCCAAGUUAGGAGUAACUCACUAGAGGAGCCUCUGGAAUAUUGGACGCGAACACUCAGUGGCCUCGAUCCCUGCCACUUCCCAUCGCUCACAUCUUCAGAUGCUCCAACUACCAGGGAAGACCGAACCGUUCAGGUCAACAUAGCCUCGUCGCAAGCGCAAAAAUUCUGCAAAACCCUCGGGAUAACUAUCCCAGUCCUCUUGCAAGCCACGUGGGCAGUGAUACUGAGAGGCUACACGCAAACCGACGAUGUGUGUUUUGGGUACCUUGCGUCGGGUCGCGACGAGCCGGUCCCUGGCUUACAAAACAUGAUUGGCACCUUCAUUCACCUUCUCACUUGCCGAGUCCAAUUCGGCUUUACUGACGCGGCAACUUUGACUGGGCUGUUGCAUGCCAUACAGAAACAAUCCGGCGCUGCGAUUGCGAAUCAGUAUUGCAGCUUGGCGAGCAUCCAGAACUCACUGCAACUUGGCGGACGAUCACUCUUCAACACACUAUUGUCUUUCGUUUACUCAUCUCCGGAUCAGGCUGGCACAAGUGACGAUGACAUAUACUUCAAAGUUGCAGAGACUGUAGCGUCUAGCGAGUACGAUGUUACUUUGCUCGCUGAGCUGGCCUCCGACACCCUUUCUCUCUCUUUUACGUAUAAAACAACCUCCUUGUCCAAGGAAAACGCUGCAAGCCUUGUCGAUUCGUUCACCCACAUACUCCAGUCCAUCACUGAGCAUCCUGACAGCCAAGUUUCGCACAUUCAAACCAUUGGCCCUAAGGACCUCGGUCGCGUGUUCGAGGCUCAGGGAGACUUGAGCCCAGCGACCGAGGCAUGUACACACUGGCUCAUCGCCCAACAAGUUCACAGCCAGCCCAACGGUGCUGCUGUGGCAUCUUGGGACAAGGACCUCACAUAUUCUGAGCUGGAUGCGCUUGCAUCCAAGCUUGCAAGCAGGCUGCGGAGAGCGGGUGUCAAACCUGAUGACCUUGUUCCCAUCUGCUUCCCCAAGUCUGCGUGGGCUGUCGUUGCCAUCGUUGCUGUGCAGCAAGCCGGUGCUGGCUUCGUACCACUGGACCCGACGGCGCCCCAGGCACGACUGCAGGGAAUACGGGACGACACCAAGGCGACUGUGAUGUUGGCGUCAACGGAGUGCCAAGAAGCUGUCGAGCUGCUCAGCGGGUUGGAGACGCUAUUGUUCGUGGACGAACAAUCCGUCCGUUCACUGGAACAAAAUGAGGCUCCUCUUCAGGACCAACACCCUCAAGAAUCCGUGCAACCACAUCACGCAAGCUUUGCUAUCUUCACGUCAGGUAGUACUGGUAAGCCCAAGGGCAUGGUGAUUUCCCAUGGCAGCUUCUGCACCACGGGUGUCGCGACGGCGCCUAAGAUGGAAAUUGGGCCCGGAACUCGAGUUUAUCAGUUCUCCGCCUUCACAUUUGAUGUCGGCAUCUUUGACGUCCUCAUUACGCUCAUGCAUGGAGGCUGUAUUUGCAUGCCAAAUGAGCAAGAGAGAGUCAGUGACCUGGCUGGAAGCAUCAACAAGCUCCAUGCCGAAGUCGUCUACCUGACUCCUACCGUCGCUGGGUUGUUGAACCCCGACGACGUUCCAAGCAUCCAGCAAUUGGUGCUUAUGGGUGAGGCAAUCACUAACAAAACAGCAGACAAGUGGAGAGGCAAGGUGGUUCUUCAUGGUGCAUACGGGCCUUCUGAGGCUUCCGCGGCAGCGUGGAACACUGAGCUCGGUGAGUUUGGAGCUUCAACGGCUAACCUUGGUAGACCACUAGCAACCGUUUUCUGGGUUGUUGACCCCAGAGACAUCAAGCAACUUGUUCCAGUAGGAUGCAUCGGAGAGCUGCUUGUCGAAGGGCCCAUGUUGGCUCGAGGAUAUCUCGAAGGAGUCGACGAGAAAGCCACUGCCAACUGGCUGGAGGAUGUUGACUGGCUGCCCCCGAUACAACAGAGUGCCUGGAGACAAGUAAAGCGACGACUUUACCGCACCGGUGACUUGGUUCGCCAGAAUGGUGAUGGAACCUUUACCUUCAUCGGGCGGAAGGAUACCCAGAUCAAACUACAUGGGCAAAGGGUCGAGAUCGGCGAGAUCGAAUCCCGUGUCCUCCAGGCGAUGCCGAGCACCACCAACGCCAUGGUUGACAUUGUGCGUGGAGAAAACAGCGAGCCAAAGUAUCUUGCAGUUUUUAUGUGGGAUGCACAUGCCAAUGACGACGAGGAGGUUCACUUGGCGGAACCUAUUUCUCCAGAACGGCAGCGGUUGGUGUCCGCGACUCAUCAGUAUCUCGCCAAAGUACUCCCUCGUUACAUGAUGCCGUCAAGCUACUUAAUUUUAGACGGUACUCCUCCUAGGACGUCAUCAGGAAAGGUUAACCGGCGUCAUCUCGUCUCGCUCGUGAAGGAUAUUGGUCCAGAAGAGAGACUGAAGUUCGCUCCUGAGGGCCAACACGUCGUGGGCAUCGACGAACCGACCACGCGGCUGGAGAAUGAAAUGAGGACGAUCUGGGCUGCGGCUAUUGGGAUCGAAAACUUGACCAUCAUCGGCCGCCACACCGACUUCUUUGCUCUAGGUGGCGAUUCCAUCGGCGCGAUGAAGCUCGUCAAUCUCGCGGCUCGGAGGGGCCUUGUAUUGAACGUUGCUACGGUCUUCAAAGCUCCCCAACUCAAAGAUAUGGCCGCUGCGACGUUGAUUGACGGGAAGGUAGCCGUGGAUGCACAGCCAUUCCAGCUACUCGUGGACGAAACCGACAUUGAUGAUAUGAAGCAAGAGGUAGCCAGGAUGUGCGACAUGGUCUCAUCCAGCGACAUCGUCGACGUUUACCCUUGCACGACCAUGCAGAUUGGACUCAUGGCCUUGUCAUACAAGCAGCCAACGUCCUAUACGGGACGUAUUGUUUUUACGCUGCCUUCCGACAUCGACGUACCCCGAUUUAAGCAAGCCUGGCGCAACGUCAUGCUGCGAAACGCCAUGUUACGCACGCGUAUCGUUGACGCGCAAACAGCUGGCAUGGUUCAGGUUGUACUAAAGGCUGAGACGAUGCCCUGGAUUGAGUCUGAUGACUUGGACGACUACCUUCGCCGUGAUGUUGCGAUUCCUAUGGCGACGGGAAAGCCGCUCUCCAGGUAUGCGCUCAUCCAACCCAAAGACAGCAGGGGAAUUUCCUUCGUGUGGACAGCACAUCACGCCAUGUAUGAUGGGCCGUCUCUACGUAUCGUGGCACACGAAGUCAAUGCGCUCUAUAAUAACGGCACAUCGGAUCUCGAAGACCCGAUCCCAUUCACGCGCUUCAUCCAACAUACCCAGUCUAUUGCCGGCGUGGACGCGGCAUCCUUCUGGCACGCCCAACUGGAAGGUUCUUCUCGACCUUCUUUCCCCCCGACCGCCAAGAAUUCGGACGACAUCCGCAAAGAAAACCUCGUGACUCAUUCGAUGCCUCUUCCUCGUCACCCGGAUUCGCACAUCACGACCACAACUCUGCUCCGCGCCGCGUGGGCCAUCGUUCAGGGAAAGUACUCAAGAACAGACGAUGUCCUGUACGGGGCUGUCGUCACAGGUCGCGGUAUUGGUGUUCAGGGAAUUGAAUCGAUUGUUGGUCCGACAGUCAAUACUGUCCCUAUCCGCGUUCGGCUAGAUCCUUCACAGAUGGUCCACGAUUAUCUACGAAGACUCCAAGAAGCAACGACAGACAUGCUGGCAUAUGAGCAAUACGGCCUCCAGAACAUCGCGCGACUUGGAGACGGAGCAGAGAAUGUGUCUAGUAUCCAGACUCUCCUGGUGCUUCAAACGCCCCAAGAGGAGGGUAGCUGUCAGGCUACCACGACGAAGCUGCUUGACUUAGGCAACGCGGCUAUGCAUGGAGCCAACUUUCAUACACAUGCAUUUAUCUUGGAAGGCAUUAUUGACGAGCCGGGCAAGUCACUGCGCGUCAACAUUAGCUUUGACAACAAUGUACUUUCAGAGGCCAUGCAUUGGCAUCCGACGCAGAGCUUCAGGACCAUGUGUCGAAAGUGA